AUGGUAGAAAAUGGGGAGAACAAUGAGAAUAAAAGACAAGGAGAUAAGCUAAUGAAUCAAGAGGUAAACAUGGGGAAAGGUAGUAAAGGAAAAUCAAAGGAAGAACAACCUACAUCUUCCACCACCAUUCUGAUACCUCCGACGAUUCCUUCAUAUGCCAAGUUUCUGAAGGAGAUUAUGACACGAAAGAGGAGAUUGGAUGAUCGGGAAAUGAUAACAUUAAUGGAGGAGUGCAGUGCCAUUAUACAAAACAAGCUGCCACCAAAAUUGAAAGAACUAAGGAGUUUUUCUAAACCUUACACUAUUGAUAAUAUUGAAUUUUCAAAAGUAUUAUGUGACCUUGGUGCAAGUGUAUCCUUAAUUCCUCUAAUGGUAGCUAGACAAUUAAGGUUGCAUGAGUUAAAAUGCACUAAUAUUACCUUACAAUUAGCAGAUAGAUCUAUUAGAUAUCCAAUGAGAGUUUUGGAAAAUGUGUUGAUCAAACUGCAAAAAUUUAUCAUUCCCGUGGAUUUUGUGGUAUUAGAUAUGGAGGAAGACAUGUCUAUGCCGAUCAUAUCUAGUAGACUAUUUUUAGCAACUGUGGGCACUAUUAUUGACGUCAAAAAUGGCAAACUUAAAUUUCAAGUAGGUGAAGAAGAUGUAGCAUUUAAUUUGAAUGAAAUGAAAAAGUACCGUUUUUUUACUGAUCAUGCUUGUUCAAUUGACACAAUUGAUAUGUUAACCCAAGGAUUGGAUCAAAUCAAUUUUGAUGUCGAUUCUCUUGAGAUUUGUUUAUCAAGUGCAAGGAUGUUGGGGGAAAUUGAGGAAGAAAUUAAUGCAUUGGCCCAAUGUUUAAAUGCACAACCUCCUUAUAGGAAGAGGUGUGUGUAUGAAAAUCUUGGACAAGGAAAGGGACUUCCACCACUUUCGGAGAUACAAGCUCCAAAACUUGAACUCAAGCCACUUCCUAGCCCUUGA